GAUUGGGAGGCCAUACAUUUACUGCUGCCGAGCCUCUCUCUCUUUGUAGGCUUAUCUCUGGGCGGCAACUCCUCCGCCCUUUUCCACCACCCUAUCCAUCCAUCCAUCCAUCCAUCCAUCCCUUCCUCCUCCUUCCCCCUUCCCAGCAAAAUAUCUCCUUUCUAUCUCUGCUGAAUCCUUCUCAGCUCAGUUCAACUCCAUUCAUGGCGUCUAGCAUUACUGGGCUGUCCUUCUUCUACCAGACCCCCUCCCUUGAGCUCUCAAGAAAGCCCACCCCACUACCCGCAGCAGCUUCCCCGGCCUCCCUGCCCUUCUCUGACAAACCCCACUUCAAUUCCUUGGUGACCGGCCCCGGCAGCAGCGAGGGCAAUGCCCGCAGACCCCCCUUUGGUGGGUUCAAGGGCAGCCGGAGCGGCUUCGUCCCCUGCGCUAUCGCCACUCCCAACUCCGUCCUCAGCGAGGAGGCGUUCAAGAACUUGGGAAGUGGGUUCUCCGAGGAGGAGGAGGACCUUGAGGUCGGCGAGGGCGAUGAUUUCGUGUCGGAGAGUGAGGGCUCUGGUGGUGUCAGCGAGGACGAGCUUGCUAUUUCCAAGCUGGGUUUGCCUCAGCGGCUCGUCGAGUCACUGGAGAAGCGUGGGAUUACCCAUCUCUUCCCCAUUCAGAGGGCCGUGUUGAUGCCUGCGCUUGAAGCCCGAGACUUAAUUGCUCGUGCAAAGACCGGAACAGGGAAGACAUUGGCCUUCGGAAUCCCCAUAAUCAAGCGGCUCACCCAAGACGACACCCAAAAAAGCACCAGGAGAGGGCGGCUUCCUCGAGCUUUGGUCCUAGCGCCUACUAGAGAGUUGGCGAAGCAAGUAGAGAAAGAGAUCAAGGAAUCAGCGCCCUAUUUGAAUACUGUGUGCGUCUAUGGAGGAGUUUCUUACAUUACCCAGCAGAAUGCUCUUUCCCGUGGGGUUGAUGUGGUGGUCGGGACACCUGGUCGAAUUAUUGAUUUGAUAAAUGGGAACAGCCUCAAACUAGGGGAGGUUGAAUAUUUGGUUCUCGAUGAAGCUGAUCAGAUGCUUGCAGUUGGUUUUGAGGAGGACGUGGAAGUCAUCUUGCAAAAAUUACCUGCAGAAAGGCAGAGCAUGCUUUUCUCUGCCACUAUGCCUGGUUGGGUGAAGAAAUUAGCUAGGAAAUACUUGAACAAUCCUUUGACAAUUGACUUGGUUGGAGAUCAAGAUGAAAAGCUUGCCGAGGGAAUCCAACUCUAUGCUAUAUCGGCCACUCCAACUUCAAAACGGACCAUGCUAAGCGAUCUUAUUACGGUCUAUGCAAAAGGAGGGAAGACCAUUGUUUUUACUCAAACAAAACGAGAUGCUGACGAGGUCUCGCUGGCAUUGACCAAUAGCAUCGCUUCUGAAGCCUUGCAUGGAGAUAUAUCUCAGCAUCAAAGAGAGAGGACUCUGAAUGGUUUCCGGCAAGGAAAAUUCACAGUUCUUGUUGCCACCGAUGUCGCAGCUCGAGGACUUGACAUCCCUAAUGUUGAUUUGAUUAUUCACUAUGAACUGCCCAAUGAUCCCGAGACAUUUGUUCAUCGCUCGGGAAGAACAGGACGUGCAGGGAAAGAAGGUACUGCCAUUUUAAUGUAUACGAGUAGCCAGAGAAGGACAGUUAGAUCACUUGAACGGGAUGUUGGCUGCAAGUUCGAAUUUAUUGGCCCACCAGCUAUUCAGGAGGUACUGGAAUCAUCUGCGGAGCACGUUGUUGCCACACUUAAUGGUGUUCAUCCCGAGUCUAUAGGCUUCUUCGCUCCAACAGCUCAAAGACUGAUUGAUGAGAAGGGUGUGGAUGCUCUUGCUGCUGCUUUGGCUCAUCUAAGUGGAUUCUCCAAACCUCCAUCAUCCCGGUCUCUUAUCAAUCAUGAGCAGGGAUGGGUUACAUUGCAGUUGACUCGUGAUCCUGCCUAUUCCAGAGGGUUCCUAUCUGCUCGAUCUGUUACUGGCUUCCUAUCUGAUGUUUAUCCGGCAGCUGCAGAUGAAGUCGGGAAGAUCUAUCUCAUUGCAGACGAAAAGGUACAAGCAGCAGUUUUUGAUAUUCCAGAGGAGAUCGCUAAAGAACUGCUGGACAAGCAAGUCCCACCUGGAAAUACAAUUUCAAAGAUCGCUAAGUUGCCUGCUUUGCAAGAUGAUGGGCCACCGAACGAUUUCUAUGGCAGAUUUUCUAGCCGAGAUCGCAGUCGCCGAGGGAGCCCUAGGGACAGGAGAGGGGGAUUCAGAUCCUCCUCUCGGGGCUGGGGAGGUGGUCGGGAUUCCGAUGCUGAUGAGGAUGAUUUUUCGUUUAGGCGUGGAGGACGAGGUAGUAGAACUGAAAAUAGCUGGUCCCGCAUAUCAAGAAAAAGCGAUGAUGACUGGCUUAUUGGGGGUAGAAGAUCAUCAAGCAGCAGGUCACCUUCAUCUCGAGACAGAAGCUUUGGCGGUGCCUGUUUCAUUUGUGGACGGAGUGGUCACAGGGCAUCGGAAUGUCCCAGCAAGCAAGGCUACUAAGUUACUAACCAGUCAUAGCAACAAGCGUGCGGAAUAGUUUUGCCAUUCCUGAGCUGUCCAACUACAACUUCUGGGGACUGGAGUGAGCUUUCCUUCCCAAUGUAUGCUUAUGUUUGUGUUAUGGUUGCUCAAUUGGAUCCAGGAGUUGAGUGGCUGCUGUUGUGGGAGAGAGAAGCAGGAGUCUGCUGCAAACCCGCCGAUGCUCAAGCCUGUUUUUGCCCUCCUUGUAUUGGAAUGGCUAUCCUAUUGAAAUAUGAAACGUCAAACCUGAUGAAAACUUUUGAUCUUUUUCCUCGCGUGGCAUGAUUCAAUUACUGUCAAGUAUAAUGUAGUACUCGUUCAUCAUAUAUACAUUGCUCGGUAGGGCUUAUUACUUUUUGGAAUGCAAGAUUCAUGACUAGCCCAAGCUUUUCAAGGAUCA